AUGGACCCCCUCGAUCACCUCACCGAUUUCGAAUUCCUCCUGGAAAAGGUAAGACAUGUCAAGAAUGACAGGAAUGUUCCGAUUCAGGACCAAGCUGAGUAUUUCCACAAAACUUUAGUCGACCAAGUUGAAUCCUUCUCCAAAAUCGAGAAGCACUUGUACAGAUGCCUCAAGCUGAGCCGCGAUAAUGAAGAACUCCAGGCUUCCUACGAUGAGCUGAACGAGUCGCUCAGCCAAGAGCUGCGCAAGCUCGAGCGCAAGAAUGCAGAGCUGCAGGACGCCAAAACUGCUCUGAGAGAGGCGCAGAGAGCUUGCGAGGCCAAGGAGGAGUACAUCCGCGACGCCGAGGCGGCGAACGCUGCGCUCAAGGAGAAGAACCAAGAGCAGAAAAACCUGAUCAAAUCGUACAAGCAGGAUUGGAAAGCUAUGAAAGAUGAGCUGGAGAUCCGUGACAAAACAAUUGACGAUUUGCAGACGAGCUUGCGGAGCAAGGGCGCCCUUGUCGAUAAAUAUGAGCGCGAAAUCGAGAAAUAUCGAAAGCAGCGCAAAGAAUGGGAACGGCAAGUGGAUGAAGCCGCUCAAUACCUGGAUGACAAGAGCGAGGUCUUGAAAUGGCUCAGUGAAGUGAGCAGGCCUUUGAGAGCCAAACCAAAAACAUCAGAUGCUGCAGUGUCAAGUUCGGGAUCAUCAAGCUCUGAAGCGUCAAGCUCUGGCCUACGUAAGAUGUCAGAGUCUGUAGUGGGAUCAACAACAGAUGACGCAGCAGAUGAUGAGACACAGUGUACUACAGAUUCGGAGAAGGAGGACAAAGCAAUCUCUGCGACAGACCAGCCACUGGACCUGGAGAAAAGUGCAAUGGACUGGUCAAACGAGGCGAUCAGCGAGGACGAAACGAAGUCAAUACGUGGUGCUACCCUUGACGAAGAAAUGAUGUACUUGUCUGACAGUCUAUCAGCUCUGUCCAUCGAACAGGGGGCAUUUCCAACGGAACGCCAUAUGAGCGAUUGUCACGAGAUACGAUCUCCCGCAAGCUCAUAUGAUCUGGAUUUUCUACCGCAACGGCGAAAGCGACGAAAGCAGCGCGCAAAGGAAGUUGAGGACACCGAGUUGGCGUGCAAGAGAACCAAGGUCCGCAAACAUUGUGAGAGUCCCGUUCAAACUGAUAGUGGAGAAGGAUCGGCCCAAUGCUGCGCAAGUCCCGUUCAAUCGGACAGCGAGGCAGAUACUUCAUUCGAUCGCGGAGCAAGCAACCCGGGACCGUCCGAGACUCGAUGUCCGAUGGACUGCAUGAAGGCCGGACAAGCAAUCUUUUCGAUUUCGCGUGGAGUUCAAACUGUUGCCUGCCAAAUGGACGGACAGGUAACAAUUCCGUCAAUAGAGUCUUCGGAAGCAUCAGGACGGUCACAGCCUUUACUUCUGACCAGAAGAAGAGGUCGCUAUAAGGACCCUGUGUACCUUCCAAAAUCAUAUGCCAAAUCCCGACGGCUGACACACCAAGCUCUCGAGCUUGGUGUGAGUAGGCCCAGAUAUGUCAGUGUGACUCGGCCUGUGCUCAGGAGCAGAGUUGCAUCUUGGCCUCUUAAUGAAGCCGAGCAACAGAGCUCUGAACAAGAUGACCUUCAGCAGGAGAACUUAGAAACCCUUUUAGUGUCACCAUCUUCGAACAAUGGGAGUGAGACUCUGGAAGCUGAAGCCGACGCUGGUCCCAUGCUAAAAACAGUUUCACAUAAACCUCCUCAGCGCUCGGGCUACAGGUGGCAAAGUGACGGCAAGGUUACCACUACGAUGAAGAAACAGAGGAUCUUUGCGUCUUCUCUCACCAUCAUGGGAGGAAAGUGGUGGCUGCCCUUCGUGACAAUGUUGGUCCUGUUGCUGUCCAUACUCUCCAUACUGUCUCCCGACGGAGAGCGUCAAUCGUGGAAUAGAGUCAAUAUGAUGCCACACGAUCCCCUGACAAAUUUGCGCAAAUGUCAAGACUCGCGAUGCAAAGUGGCGCUGGCUGCUGAGUGGGAGAUUGUUCGAAGGACCGAUUCUGAUUUCUUGCCCUUUGGGUGACCAGUCUCAUUAUGCCUUGGCAACAUAUAUUCAAGGGGCUUUUGACGUUUGGGAAUAGGUUCUUCUAUUGGGGCGUUCUUCUGUCAGUAGACCUUUUCAUACUGGAUAUCAAACUCGAUCACGUCCACGCAAAUCGCGUCCUUGCCAGUACUAUGUAUGAGUUUGUGGAAGCAUUGACUGG